UCUUUUCGCCAACUCAGUUUCGUUCUUCGUGUGAGUUUCACUUUUCAUUGCCACGCUCACUCUUCAAGAACAAAUAAACACUACCCUUUUGUUAUUUUCAUUGAUUUUGUGGGGGUGAUGGGAAAAGGUUGGUUUUUGAGAUGGGUUUUGGUGAUUGUGAUGAUGGGGUGGUGUGUGGAAGGGCUUGGGGUGAAUUGGGGGACUCAAGCCACGCACCAGUUGAAUGCAGACACUGUGGUUCAAAUGCUGAAGGACAAUGGGAUUAAGAAGGUGAAGCUUUUUGAUGCAUAUGAGUCUAGCAUGGAUGCUUUGGCUGGGUCUGGGAUUGAAGUCAUGGUUGGAAUUCCCAAUAACCUGCUUGCUGAGAUGAAUGACUAUGAUCGUGCCUUGCAGUGGGUGAAGAAGAAUGUUACUCGUUACAACUUCAGGGGUGGAGUUAACAUCAAGUAUGUAGCAGUUGGGAACGAGCCAUUUUUGAGAUCCUACAAUGGUUCAUUCUUGAAUAUCACACUUCCUGCAUUACAGAACAUUCAAAAUGCCCUGAAUGAGGCAGGCCUAGGAGACUCCAUAAAGGUCACAGUGCCCUUAAAUGCUGACGUGUACGAGUCUCCACAGAACAAUGCUGUUCCCUCAGCAGGAACCUUCAGGCCUGACAUAACUGGCCUAAUGACCCAAAUACUGCAAUUCUUGGCAAAAAAUGGUGCACCAUUCACAGUCAACAUUUACCCCUUCUUGAGCCUCUAUGGGAAUGACGACUUCCCUUUUGACUAUGCCUUUUUUGAUGGUGUCACCAAUCCCAUAAUUGACAAUGGCAUUUCUUACACCAAUGUUUUUGAUGCAAACUUUGACACCUUGGUGUCAGCCCUCAAAGCAGUGGGCUUUGGGGACAUGCCCAUUUUGGUAGGAGAAGUGGGUUGGCCCACAGAUGGUGACAAAAAUGCUAAUAUGGCCAAUGCUUUGAGGUUCUACAAUGGGCUUCUCCCCAGGCUUGCAGCAAACAAAGGGACCCCACUUAGGCCCGGGUUCAUGGAUGUUUACCUAUUUGGGCUUAUUGAUGAGGAUGCCAAGAGCAUUGCCCCAGGGAACUUUGAACGCCACUGGGGGAUUUUUAGGUACGAUGGGAAGCCCAAGUUUGAAAUGUAUCUUUUUGGCAAGGGACAAGACAAGUUACUAGUUGGUGCACAAAAUGUGGAUUAUCUUAAUAAACAGUGGUGCAUGUUAAACCCUGAUGCAAAGGAUCUAAGCAAACUUGCUGAUAAUAUAAACUAUGCUUGCACCUUUGCUGAUUGCACUUCACUUGGAUAUGGCUCUUCUUGCAACAACUUGGAUGCUAAUGCGAAUGCCUCGUAUGCUUUCAACAUGUAUUAUCAGACUCAGGAUCAGGAUUACAUGGCAUGCAAUUUUGAUGGUUUGGCAAAGGUUACUACAACUGAUAUUUCAACACCUACUUGCAAUUUCAUUAUUCAGAUCAAUCCUUCCAAGUCCUCUUAUUUGAGGCCCCCACUAGUGGCUUUCUUGUUUCUCACUCUACCCUUGAUUCUAUUUUUGUAGGAUCUUGUACAUACAUUAUUUUAGGUGCUAUUUUUUUGGUAUAUCUAUAGGUGCUAUUUAUAUUUUUUUCAAUUAUUUUUAUUUUUCAU